AUGGCCCCUUGCGACUUCCUCUUGACCAGUUUAAGCACCUCCAGAAUUGUGUUGCAGCUGACCAUCAUGAUAAAUAAUAUUCUGUACAACAGCCUUCCACAGAACUAUACUGGUACUUGGACACCGGAGAUUGGCACAUUUUUCUGGUUAUUUUUCAGCAAUGUUAGCCUCUGGUGUGCCGCAUGGCUCAACAUUUUCUACUGUGUGAAGGUCACCAACUUCCCCCAUCACCUGUUCCUCUGGCUGAAGCUAAGGAUUGAUGUACUUGCACCCAGACUGCUUGGAAUGGUAAUAAUAGCUCUCAUGCUCUUCUCUGUUCAUCCAACCAUUCUUUAUUUUGAAAACAAGAAGGCCUGCAAUCUCUCAAGAACUCUGGCAUGGAAUGCCAGUCUCAACAAGGUUUGCCACGACCCAUACUUCCUUUUUAGAACUCUACAUAUAUGUUUUUUAUGCAUGAGUUUCAUCCUCAGCGUAAUGGCAUCCGUGGUUUUACUCAUCUCUCUUUGGAGGCACAGAAGGAAUCUCAGAAAGAGUGGCUCUGUCAUUAAGGACCUCAGCACUCAGGUCUACCUCAAUGUCAUGAAGUCUUUGUUGUUCUCGCUGCUCAUUGACAUUACGUAUUUUGCUGCUGUAAUCAUUCCUACGACAAAUUUGUUCUGGUAUGGCACAAUUGGCCAAUUCGUUUCUGAUAUUGUGCUGUCUGCAUUCCCUUCAGCACAUACCAUGAUCCUAAUAUUGUCCAAUCCCAAACUGAAAGAAAUCUUAAUGCACAUUCUACACAUCAGACGAAGGGCAACCUAA